CGGGUAGGAGAUGGUUCUCGCCAUGCUGGGGGCUCUGUACCCCAGGGCCGGGCUGAGCCUCUUCCUCCUCUACCUCAUCCUGGCAGCUGCACUCCUCCGCCCCCAGCCACUGAGGCCUCAGCAAUCUGUUCCUGAAGAAUUCUCAGCCCCUCUGGAACUCUCGCAGCCACUUUCCGGCCUGGUGGAUGACUAUGGGGUUCGACCCAAGCACCCCUGGCCACGAGGCCCUCGCCCCCUCCUCUCCCGGGCCCAGCAGCGCAAGCGGGACGGGCCAGACAUGGCUGAGUAUUACUACGACGCACACCUGUGACAGGAGCCC